AGGCCCCCCCCCCCGAAAUUCACCCCCGACACAACCAUUGGGGUUUAACGCACGCCGUGACGUAGUCAGCGGGGGGUCGUCGUUUCCGACGAGCUCGUCAACGUUAACAGUGCGGCCACCAGCAGUUGCCUUUUUCCUUUUUUUCUCUCCGUCCUCUCCUAUUUUUCCCUUUGAUUUUCCUCCCACCCGCGCGUCCGAAUUACGCACCACCGGAGCGUCGGUAGUGGUAGCAGCGGUUGGUGGAAUGGUCGUAGAGCGUUCGGAAUUCAGAUUUCGGGAUCCAGGAACCUCCGUUUCGUUACGUUUCGUUCCAAUCCGAUCCACCGCUCCUCUUCGGGACUUUCCCUCGGUCCCCGCGUAGCUCGUAGGUCGUUGUAAAAAUCGCCCUUCAUCCCUCUCUUCUCUUCGGAGCCUAAUAAAUAUAUAUAUGUAUAUACAUAUAUUCACGGUACAUAGAGCCAUGUAUUCUACGUGGAUAUAAAUGAAUGUACGUACCCAGUGCAGAUACAUAUAUGUAUAUAUAUAAAUACGUCCCUCUCUCCCGGUGUAUGUACAAGGCUGACCCUGCGGGAAGGGUGGGGCUUAAAAUAAGGGUGUUAUAAGUGGUUGGGUGUUACCUUCACGAGUACAAGUUAUACCUACAGAUAUACAAGUUUUAUCCCCCAGCUGGGGGAUGACGAGAGCGACAACAUGGGGGUAACUGAAAUCGUACGUAAAAUCACAGUCAGUUUCUUACUCUCAAAACCUGAACCACGCGCGAACUUUAACACCCGCCGCCGUACGUUACUGCACCGAAAUUCUUCCUUGUUUUUAGUUUUUUUUUUUCCUCUUCCUCUUCUCUUCUCUUCUUUCUCCACAAGUUUUACGUGACAAAACUUUAUCCAACCACCUUAAUUUUUCACCAGUGUUUUUUUCUCCUAUACCUCGUCGACUCACCCUCCCCACCCCCUAAAUUUUUUCAUAUACCCACGCAAGUCCCACAUAUUUCAUCCCCACGUAUAAUGUCGGAUUUAUCGGUCUCUGCGAUUAAUACAAUACGAACAACGAUGACAAUAAUAAUAACGAUGAUAAAUGUGAUUUGAUUAACGAAACAAAUACAGGGAAAAUUUUUUCAUCCAAAUGCAGUGGAAAUAUUAAUAUAUAUAUAAUUAUAGUAAUUUAAUUAAAUUCGGUGAUUGCAUCCAUAAUUUGUUUGACCACCUUUCUUUCAUUUUUUUUUCUUUCUUUUUAUUAUGUAAUUUCGUGUGCACAACGAAUAAAUUGGACAAUAAAAAAAUAACAGUAGUAAUCAUAUUAAUUGAAUUAAAAAAAUGGCACCUAUGAUAGAAAAUCAUAGACGAUUGACGACAACUUCAGCUUCAACUAUUUUGAACAGUAAUCCGUACGUCGAUAGUUGGAAGAGGAGGCAAUUAGCCGCAGCAGCGAAAAAAUUUCACCCUGGUAGAAAUUCGCCCGGUGCAUUUACCAAGGAGGAGGACUUAUCGAAUUCGCAAAUUCGCGAUAGUAAAAUAUUCGGCAGUAACAACAACAACAACAACAACAACAACAUCAACAAUUACAACAACAUAAACAACAACAACAACGACAAUAUAAAGAAGAACAAGAUCGGCGGCGAGAGUAACGAAAACGUUGGUAUAAUAACGGAUAAGAAGAAUUGCGCCAACGAUAUUACGUUGAACGUGACUGGAGCGAGCUUGGCAUCCGGUCCUCAAGAAGUUGUAAUGAAGGAAAAAAGCAAAAACGCUGCGCGGUUUCGUCGGGAGAAAGAAAACCAAGAGUUCUUUGAACUGGCAAAACUCCUUCCGCUUCCGGCGGCCAUCACAUCACAACUUGACAAAGCCAGUAUAAUCAGACUGACAACGAGCUACCUAAAAAUGAGGCACGUUUUUCCCGACGGUCUCGGAGACGCUUGGGGCGCAGCACCUCCGGCGACGAAUUCGAGGGAGGCUGCGAUAAAGGAACUUGGCUCCCAUCUUUUGCAAACUCUAGACGGCUUCAUCUUCGUGGUCGCUCCCGAUGGCAAAAUAAUGUACAUCAGUGAAACGGCGAGCGUGCAUUUAGGACUGUCCCAGGUGGAAUUGACCGGGAACAGCAUUUACGAAUACAUCCACCCCGCGGACCACCAAGAAAUGGAGGCCGUCCUGAGUCUCGGCCAUUUGGCGGCGUCCCCCAACGGACUCAGUUUACCACCCCCGAAUCCCAGGGGAGACAUAGAGCUGGAACGGGCAUUUUUCCUGCGGAUGAAAUGCGUGCUGGCCAAAAGAAACGCCGGACUCACGACGGCCGGAUACAAGGUGAUCCAUUGCUCGGGUUAUUUGAAGGUGAAACAGUUCAGCCUCAGCGGGGCCGGGGGUCCGGAAUACGAGGAGACCGGCAUUCAAAAUGUCGGCUUGGUAGCCGUGGGACAUUCGUUACCCCCGAGUUCGGUUACGGAAAUAAAAUUACACCACAACAUGUUCAUGUUUCGUGCCUCCCUGGACCUGAAACUGAUAUUCCUGGACGCGAGGGUCGCUCAGUUGACGGGCUACGAACCUCAGGAUCUCAUAGAAAAAACUCUGUACCACUACGUGCACGGAUGCGACGUCAUGCAGAUGAGAUACGCCCACCAAAUACUGCUGUACAAAGGUCAGGUGACGACGAGGUACUACCGUUUCCUCACGAGGUCCGGGGGUUGGGUUUGGAUGCAGAGUUACGCAACGAUAGUUCACAAUUCGAGGAGUUCCAGGCCGCACUGUAUAGUAUCGGUGAACUACGUGCUGUCCGACCUCGAAGCAUCGGACCUGGUGCUGAAUUCCGAGCAGAAACUGUCGUCGGGUGGCAGCUGCCAGUCGGCCGCGACGAUAUCCGGAUCGAAUUCGUCGGCCGCGCAGUCUACGGGUGCGGCAACGGGCACGACGGAUCUCGAUCAGCUCGAGCAGAGCCCCAGUCCGCCCUACAGGACUUCGGGAAGGGUGAACGAACCACCGGACACGGAGUACGGCGACAGCUCGGGAUACUCGGGGGCGGAAUUCGUACCGGGACAACAAACUAGUCACGUUCAUUACUUGUCCAAUUCUUACAACCCCCAGAAUCCCGGCAGCCACGAGGAAGGAUCCUACUAUCCGGCCGAACUGUUCUACCAAUACGGAGGCAUGCACCACGACCCCCUUCCCUCGAUGCCGCAUCACCAGCAGCAACAGCAUUCUCACCUGGUCCACCACCCGGCGUCGACGACGAUCCAGCAGCAGCAGCACAGCCCUCAGCAGAACAACCAGCAGCAGCCCCAAGUCGCCCAGCAGACCCAGCAGCAGCAUCAGCAACGGCCGUUCUCAGCGUCUUCAAGUUCUUGCGGCAGUUCGGACGCCUCGGACAGCCACAUGCCCAGUCCUCUGGGUCUGCACUCGUCCCUUCCGCCCGGUUACGUGGGCCACCACAACAUCCUGGACUCGUCUUCCGCCUCCUCGGCGAGCGUACAGGGCGACGGAACGAUAAUGUUCCCGAGCUGCGGUUUCAACAACAACAACAACAACAACAGUUACUCGGCGACGUCGACGCCGACGGGCGUCGCCCACCAGGAGAACGCGGCGUCCGCCUACCCGGGUCAUCACAAUCCGAGAUUGGGUCAUCCCCACGCGCACUCCCAUCAUCCUCAUCACCACCAUCAUCACAACCACCACCACCACCACUCGCUUGAGCAUUUGGAGACGACGGCGGCGACCGGGUCCGCCGGUUACACGAGCGUCAUUGUGGACACCCAACAGUACAGUCCGGGUCCGAUCGUUCAAACUAUUCACAGUGUUUCGCACGGUUCGGGUACGAUAAGUGGCACACCCCCCCUGGCUUCUCAUCAACAUCAUCACGAAGUACACCACCAAUUCGUUCACUGACGUUCGUUGCAAAGCCCGACCACUUAGCGAGCCCAGCUCUGCUUUGGAGUCAUUAGAAAUUGAGAGUCUUCGACGUGGAAGACGGAAGUGGAGAGGAAGAGAGAAAACGCUUCCUCCAAAAUUCGGUCAUUUCGGAUGACGAACGACGACGAUAAACUCGUGCUGGUCGCGAGUAUUGAUUAUUCGGACGAUUUUUAAUCAUUGCUAAUCACCUAUUCGUCGCAGCAAAUUGGUUUCUUUAGAAUUGCGGAACGGAGGGAUGGAAAAAUGGACUUUUUCAGCAAAUUGUCGGUAAGAACUGAAUUAGAAAUAAGAGGAACACGGAGAUCGGAAUUUCAAAGAGAGAGAGAGAAAGAAAAAAAUUAUCCCCAUUCUCGAUCAAUUCUCAUUGAAUGCUAAACUAUUAUGCAUGCAGUAUGUUUCGCAUCAAAACUUCACUGUAAAUAUACGACAAAUGAUACGUAGAAACGAAAAAGUAAAAAACGAACAAAAAUUAAUCAAAGAAUAUAAAUACCAAGAAUAUUGAUUCAAGUUUGCCUAGACAUGUUAACUAACGAACAAAUAAAUAAUCAAAGUGCCAUAAGUCGCGGUGUACAUGUAUCGGCAGUGUAGAGUAAUUUUUGUUCUUUUGGAAAAGAAAAUUUUUCCGACUUUUUUUCUUUUUAGUUUCAUUUUUUAGAUUAGUGUAAAUAUUAUGAAUAUAUAUAGUCGUUAAAGAAUAUAAAUAUGC